AUGAACAGUUUUAUGGUUGAAAUUAUCGAGGUGAUGGUCAACGUUGUAGUCGUGAUCAUUAUGGCAGCCCGAUCAACCAUCCAAGACAAAGCUGCAGCAAGUAGAACAAGUUUUAGUCAUGAGGGUGAUGUAGUCGGACCUACUGGUACAGUUUAUGCUGUUGAGUUUCCUCACCAAAAUAUGAUUGAGAGUUCUAAUUUGAAUAGACAAUUCUUAUUUCAAAAAAAACACGUCAAAAGACCAAAAGCAAUUCUAGCAAAAGAAACAGCAAUAAAUUUUAAUCCAUCAGUCAAAAUCAAAGUCUUUCAAGCCAAUAUAUCAAUUCCAGAAUAUUCAACUGUGAAUUUUUAUAAUUUAACAGCAAGAAGAAAUAAGUUAUGUGUAGCUUCUGAUGUACCUACAAUCAAAAGUGAUCCAGAUAGGGAUGCUGUUUGGGCUAAAAAUUAUUUAUUUGGCUUUGAAGAAUUGAGAAAGUGUAAAAGUAUUAGACAACUACAGAAUCAAAAUUCAAGAAACAAAAGAAACCAAGAAGACUGGAUCAUCAAAAUUAAUCAAUCUAAACAUCUUGUUGUACAAACCAAUCAAACUUCAAAAUCUACAAAUGAAUUAAAGUAUCAACAAGUUUUGGAUUUGUUAGAUUCUCUCAACUUAUUUUGUUCUAGUCUUAUGAAACUUGGUGAACAAAUGAAAUCAAGUUCAGAUAAUGAACCAUUAACAUGGGAUAUACAUAAUGAUAAUGCAUCAGAUUUGGUUACUGCUGCUGAAAAUCUUAGAGCUCAUCUUUUUGGAAUCCCUCUUAGAACACGCUUUGAAGUUAAAGGUGUGAUUGUCUUUUCUAUUCAUUGUUCUUACAAGAUCUUUGACUUACAACAUUUUUUGGCUUAUUUGGACGCUUAG